AUGCAGCUGCUCCUGCUCCUGCUGGCCUUCUCUCUACUACACAAGACAAGGGCAGGGGAGAUCAUAGGGGGACAUGAAGCCAAACCCCAUUCCCGUCCCUACAUGGCCUUCAUUAGGUUUUGGUAUGCUAGCAUAUGCACAAGGUGUGGUGGCAUUCUGAUACAUGAGAAGUUUGUGCUAACAGCUGCUCACUGUUUGAACAGAGGCACAAUCGUCUUUCUGGGGGCACACAACAUCACAAAACAAGAGAAGACUCAGCAGCUGAUACGUGUGCAAAGACGCAUCCCACACCCACAAUUCAGUCUUGAAAACUCAAGGAAUGACAUCAUGCUACUGCAGCUGGAGAAAAAGGCCAAGCUGAAUAAAGCAGUGCAGAUUCUACAGUUGCGCAAGGGACAAACCCAGGUGAUGCCAGGUGCCAUUUGCCAGGUGGCUGGAUGGGGAAUGUUGGACAAAGAAGGGCCAAUUGCAGACACACUGCAAGAAGUGGAGAUGACAGUACAAAAUGAUAAGGAGUGUCAAAACCGAUGGCCCAAAUAUGACAGUGCUAUUCACAUAUGUGCUGGGGACCCAAAGAUUAAAAAAAACUCCUUUAAGGGUGACUCUGGAGGCCCCUUCAUUUGUAAUAAGGUGCUUCAGGCCAUUAUCAACUCUGGAAGAAAAAGUGGGAAAACUCCACGUGCCUUCACCAAACUCUCUCCUUAUCUAGACUGGAUAGAGAAGACCAUAAAGCAUCUCUUACUUCAGGAAGCAAAUGAAGCCCCCACUCUGAGCAACCAUUAUUCCUGGGCCUGA